GCUACCAGGAGCAAGAAAUCGACAGAGGAACAGCGCGCCCCCGAGAAAAGCACGGAGUCGUUUUAGUUACUGUAUGCUUUACCCAAAUGGAACACAAAUAUGAGUUAUUAUGAUGCACCUUUGCCCAUGACCAACCACGGCAUUCAGAAUAUUGAAUCAUAAGCCUACAAAGCAUUGGGAAUAUACACAUUUUUCUCGUUUUGUAAGAAGCGUUCUAUAGGGGUUCCGGUGACGGAUUGUUUUUUCUGUCAGGAAAUUGGUUGCAUUAAAAAUACAUUUUACUUUAUGACGGUGAGCAUCAGGACCUGAAUUUAUGGAAUAUCUUUCGCUCAAGUCUUCUGAACAGUUGGUGCAUGUUUAUCACUUCUAUUGCACAAAGAGAGCACAGUUUCUUCCACUUUUGUUGAGUUCUUCCACUGCUUAUCGGGCAUCGCGGAGAUGGUAAAAGUUCGGUUAUGCGCACAAUAUAUUUUCUCGAUAAAACCAUCCAAUCAUAACUUGUUAUCGAUGCAAAUGUAUUAAUUGUGUGUGGUCAACUAUGUGUUGCAUCCGUCUCCUAUAAUUUUACACCAUUAUUCCGAAAAUAAUAGCCUGCUUUCGUAGUUGAAUUUUCAUCUCCCAUCUCCACCAUGUUGUGUGUUGAAUUACAUUUUUUCACCUGAUUUCUUUGUUAUAAAAAGUCUGGUGCCUGUUUGCAGUUUAUGGAUUAAUAAUAAUUAUUCUGUAUAGAGAUGGAACAAUACAGUUAGGAGAGAAAAAGGGCAUAGAACAAAAAGGGAAAAACUGCAAAUUUAGCAGGAAAAGAGGCCAUCAAAAUCACGGAAAUCGCUUCGUCCUUUUCCUUUGGUGUACUGUUACACUGUUGCAAAUGGAUUUCAUAAAGGCAACACGUUUAUUGUUACAUCUUUUGUGUUAGUUCACCCGUUCCAUGCUGACAAAAUGUCACUGGGAAAUAUUGAUUAUUGAAUUGAGAGAAUUAUGAUGGCCUAUGUUCGUUUUUUGUAUUCUAGCCUGUAAAUUGGGCUUCUGGUUCCACAAUGAAAUGCCAUCGGACGUUUUUCUUUUUUGAUCAAGUUUGGAAAUAUGGGCAAGUUGUCGAACGUUUUUGUGGUGACGGAAGGUUGACGCUUUUCUUUUUGGUCACUUUCUGAGCGCAGUCUAAUGUAACGGAUUUUGGACUAUAUUUCUGUUAAAUUAAUUUGGCAUUAGAGGAAUCCAAAUGUAUACGCAUGUACAGUGACGAUCUCGAUGUGACGACAUUGUGUUUUCUAGGCCUACUGCUCAUUAGAAUUUAUAUUUACUGGCUAGUGCGUAACAAACUUUCGUGGACCAGCGCGCGCACUAGUGCCCCCGCACCUGGGGGCAACCCCACCAUGGCGCCCUCAUCCCUCUGUAUCUCGGUGUGGUUAUGCGAGUGAAUCAACAACAAAGACUGGAGAUCAAAGAUGAGGAUGAUGCUCUGGAGAUAACCGUUCAAACUGACGCUGCAGCAUCUCUCCUGAGCACCCAGUUAGAAGUUGAACCAGGACCCCCGCUAGAGGGAACGGCUCUCAUCUUCCAGACAGAGGUUAAUCAUCAGGGCAACAGCACAGGAUGUUGAUGGGUGGCACUGCAGAGUGAGGAGUCUGAAGAUCUGAAGAUCUCUGAAGGUGGUUGGCUUAGUCAGUGCUCACACACACAUCGCCAAAAUGAAUGAGCGUCAGGCUCUCCACUCCAUAAUGAAGGACCUAGUGGCCCUCCAGAUGACAAGGCGCCAGCCUGGGCCCUCUUAUGACACAGGGAAACCCAAGACUCUGCCCAACCCUGCCCCUGCCCCUGCUAAGAGACAGGACGAUGUCAGAAUAAAGUUUGAGUUCAGUGGAGAGAGAAGGAUACUGAUGUUUGGGAGGCCUGUGCAGUUUGAAGAAAUCCAGCAGAAGGUCAAGACUGUCUUUGGCCAACAGCUAGACCUGCACUAUAUGAACAAUGAGCUGUCCAUCCCUCUGCGUGGUCAGGACGACCUGGACAAGGCCAUUGACCUGCUGGACCGCAGCUCCAAGAUUAAGAGCAUCAAGAUCUUGCUGCUGACGCAGGAGCAGUGCAAUGCCUCCCCAUCCCCCUCUCCCUCUCCCUCCUCCCACCACACGGUGAGUAAGCAGGUGAGGAUCAAAGCCUCCCAGUCCACAGGUGAUGUCAGCACGGUGUACCAGCCCUCCGAGCCCAGGGGGCGCCACCUCUCCACCAGCUCUCAGAACACAGGCCGUAGCUCCCCCCCUCCUGGCUAUGUCCCUGAGCGGCAGCAGAGGAUCGCCCGCCAGGGCUCCUACACCAGCAUCAACAGUGAGGGAGAAUUCAUCCCAGAGAGCGACCAGUGUGUGCUGGACCCCUGGAGCAGUGCAGAGAACUCUGUCUCAGGAAGCUGCCAGUCGCUGGACAGUAGCUCAGACAGCCCCUCCCUGAGGAAGUCACGCAUGCACCGAGCCAAGAGCUACCCUGAUAACCGGCAGCAGGAGAACGUCUCUGACCGGGAGAACCAUGUGUAUGAUAAGGUGGUGGGGAAGGGAGGGACAUACCCCCGCAGGUACCAUGUCUCCCUGCAUCACAAGGACCAUAGUGAAGGUCGGAGAACGUUCCCGCGGAUCCGUCGCCCCCAGGGUAACCUGUUCACCCUGGUGCCCUCACGGCGCUCCCUCAACGGCAGCGAGGAGAGUCUGGGCAGCUGGCAGCUAGUGGACAAGCAGGGCAGGCUCCGCCCACAGGAGCGCCCUGUCGCCCACAAGUCCCCCAGUGCUCCAAUGACGUGGAGGCGGGGCAAGCUGCUGGGUCAGGGGGCGUUUGGGAGGGUUUACCUGUGUUACGAUGUGGACACGGGACGGGAGCUGGCCGCCAAGCAGGUGGUGUUUGACCCGGACAGUCCUGACACCAGCAAGGAGGUGAGUGCUCUGGAGUGUGAGAUCCAGUUGUUAAAGAACCUCCACCACGAACGCAUCGUCCAGUACUACGGCUGUCUGAGGGACCACAACGAAAAGACCCUCACCAUCUUCAUGGAGUACAUGCCGGGGGGUUCAGUCAAAGACCAGUUGAAGGCCUACGGGGCGCUGACGGAAAACGUGACGCGGAAGUACACACGGCAGAUCCUGGAGGGCAUGUCCUAUCUGCACAGCAACAUGAUCGUUCACCGUGACAUCAAAGGUGCCAACAUCCUGCGGGAUUCUGCGGGAAACGUGAAGCUGGGAGAUUUUGGCGCCAGCAAGAGGCUGCAGACCAUCUGCAUGUCUGGCACGGGCAUCCGCUCGGUCACUGGCACCCCCUACUGGAUGAGUCCCGAGGUGAUCAGUGGAGAGGGCUACGGCAGGAAGGCUGACGUCUGGAGCCUGGGCUGCACAGUGGUGGAGAUGCUGACAGAGAAGCCUCCCUGGGCCGAAUACGAGGCCAUGGCAGCCAUCUUUAAGAUCGCCACCCAGCCCACCAAACCCCUGCUGCCCUCACACACCUCGGACCACACCCGUGACUUCAUCCACCGCAUCUUUGUGGAGGCCAAGCACCGGCCAAGUGCUGAGGAGCUGCUCAGACACCCCUUCUCCCAGAUCCUCUGCUGAGGGGAAGUACUAGUACACUCUCUCUGUCUCAACCGCUCCUCGGGACUCAAGGCCUACAGCUGACAUCUAGACUCUAGACUUGGAAUUUGGAACUUGGUUCUUUCCAUCCUACAGCUCUCUCCCCAAACCAGACUCACCACCACACUCAUUUCUUAACCCACAAAUACACAUGAUCCAUUAUGAUGGAUAAUAGCACAGUGCCAUUAUUCCAAGCUGUUAACGACAAUUAUCAAAUUCACCUCUAACUUCUCCCACUAGGGGGAGCUAUAUGAUUGAUCAGUGUUCAGCUGUCUGCUGUGGAGAACUGGACCCACCAACUCCAUACGAACUGAAUCUGUUUCAGCUAUCACCUUGGUGGUCUGUGAGAGGACACACACACACACACACACACACACACACACUUCAAACACAUCAAAUCUAUUAUAUGUGGCUCAAGAUGGGAUUUGAUCAAGCACCGCCACCGAAUGUGCCUUUCAAAUAUGCCAAAGUGUCCCCUCCUAAGUUUACAUUCUCUAGAUGGGCUGUUAGAUGAGACCCCUGAGGUAAGGAACUGUUUAUAUGGGACUUACAGUAAGCUUGAGCAGAGCAGUGUCUGGUCUACUUAGGCCAAGACAGCAGACCCACAGCCACAGCUCAGUGCUUCAACAUGGUAACUGAUGAAACCAACAGAUGCACCACUCAGUGUUAUAGAGACGGGAUGGAUUUAAUUUUUCACUUUCUCCUCUGAUCCGUCUCUGAUAUUCUUUGUAUUUUUGAGAAAGUGCCUCUUGAUGCUCUUUUGAAGACUCACAGUCCCUGAUGGAAGCCCAUGCUGAUCUGUCCUGUCCUCACCAUACAACAUGGAACCAGAGCCAUCAGUGUUUUUGUGUUGUCAUUAUGACCUUCACAGUAGACCAUUGUGAUGACUGUGCCUUAUACUCCAACUCUCCACUGCAGCCCCUCAGUAUCACAGCCCAGGGUUUUCUGAUUGUACCAAAAAUGACCGAUUUCAUUCAUGAAGAGGUUGGUUUCUAGUUUGGUUGGAGGAUAUGCUAACUACACAAUAUUACAAAUGAUAUUGUACUUUGUGAUUGAAAGAGAGAUUUUAUUUUAGUCUUAGACAAAUACAAUCCUAAUGCCUUGAUUUGAAAGUGAGUUGCCAUUAGGUUUACCAGCUUUCUAUGUGUUGACAAGUGUAUCUAGGAAAAUGCUACUCCAAACAGUGGAACUCUGCCAUUUAGGAUUCAUUUGAGUCAGAUGCACUUUUAUGUCAAAUUAAAGUUGUUGGUUAUUGUUCGCCUUAUGGAAUUAACUUUUUUUUAAAAACUUUAAAUUACAUUUAUUUCACUUUUAUUUAAAUCCCUAUGUUCAUCCAUUCCUGAAUUUUUAUAUUCAAAUAUAUAUGUAUAAAUAUAUUUUUUAUAUAUUGACUCUAGACAAUUUGAAAUCUAAUGAGGAUGCAUUUAGACCUAUGAGAUAAAUGUUGCCGUUCGAAAUGAUAAAUUGUUAAAGCAGCUGGUUUUGCAGAAAUUACAACAUUGGGGUUUAUUAGUGAAACACUUUGGGUGGAAAACGACCUCUGGCUAUCUUACCUGGUCUCUGCUCCAAAACAAGAAACAUAUCCACAUUCCUGGCUCCAGUAUAAUGUAUUAUGUCUUAAUGGUCCAUGCUUUAUUAAAUGGCAACACUGUUCCAUUGGACCCUUCCAGUUGGACUGCCCUGUCAAACCUC